CCUUUACGUGAGGAUUGGUCGGGUCUACCGUAUCCAAACCGAUCGAAGUCAUCCACCAUCGGAAGCGGAAGCCUCAGCAUACUUCUUCAGUCAUCUGAUCCGGCUUUCUCUCCCUCGCGUUUCUCCCGCGCGCGUAGCCACUUAUCACAUUCGCUUCCCUUGGUUGUCUCGAUUUGCGAGCUGCACGUCGUGUCGUGGUUAGAAGUAUAAGAUCUUUUGGCGGGGUCGUGUAUAGCUCCUAACCACAAUGAGUCGCUACCUCACCCCUUCCAAGGUCGCCCUUCUCUGCCUCAUUUCCAUCUACACCGAAGGAGUUGUCCCCAACUCCUCUGCCAUCCAUGUUCUCUCCUUUCUCAUCACCUGCCUAAGUCCCUUGGAAAGAAACCCCCACUCCCCAAUACAAGACCAGGAAAUGCGAUUCUCUGUCUCUAUCACUGACCUGGAAAAUGCUCUAACGGGCCAUCCAUCUUCGAUACCUGGUCGUUCAAUCUGGGAUCUCUUCCUCAAAAAGAUCUGGUCCGUUGACUGCUGCGAUGCUUUGGAGGUCUUUUUCGCCGAUAUUUCUGCCAUCCUAGUCAAGACCCGGGAAGAGCAAAUCCGUGAUCGAGAUGCAGGCCUUGCACCGGAAACAGGAUGUAUGCGCUUGUCUCGGUGCUCUCCUUUAGGUGCGUUUGUGAGACGAGCUCAGCUGGAGUUCACCAGACUGCAGUUCCAUGACUCUGUCAGGCUCUGGCAAGGCUUUGUCAAGUAUCGGCUGCCGACUUAUUAUGUGUGGGCGCGGAAGAACCCGUCUCAUGAGCAGGCACCUGUGGAUAUAAAUUUGCUGAAUCUUAGCCUGGAUACGACGGAUCACCUUGCGCAGGUUGCGUACGGCAAUAUCGAGGAUGAUUCCGAGGAUGAGCAGUACGUCAGCACAAAGGACGUUGAACGACUUCUCGAAUUCCAAAUUAGCGAGUUGCAAAGCUUGGGAGGAAGAGUGCCGGACGGCAUGAAAGUUCAACUGGAACGCAUCAUCAUGUCUGGGGUGACCGUUCCUAACCUUGUGCAUUAUUUGAGAUUCCUUGACGCCUGGAGGGCUGGAGAUUACCCGUCUUCUUUUGACAACCUGCACCGCUACUUCGAUUGUACUAUGCAUAGUCGCGAUCGAAGCUCCUAUCAGUAUGCCUUGCUUAAUCUUGCUAUCCUACAGGCUGAUUUCGGAUGCUACGGAGAGGCCGUCUCGGCCAUGCAGGAGGCUGUCUCUAUUGCUCGAGAAUCCCACGAUAUGAACUGCUUGAAUUUCUGUAUGAGCUGGCUGUAUCACUUCGGCAAAGCGUUUCCGGAGCAGAUGAAAGAUGUACAGAACACGGGCAUGUUGGGGAAUGAAAAGGAGGGUCUUACGUUUCUGAAGGCAAAGGCAAAAGAAACAGAAAUGUGGAGCCUUCUCAGUACAACGCUGUUGAGCGAAGCGAAACUCGAGCUACAUAAUGGAGAGAGUCUUGCCUCGUCCAUUGAGAACAUAAUUCGAGCAUCGCAUCUCAAUGUAACGAAAAACCUACUCAACUCUGUGGGUCCGCAGCUUCUCCUGCAGACCUCACUUUAUUCCAGAAUAGGCAUCACGCACCUCGCAUGGUUAAGCAGCGAAAUAUUCCGCGAAUGCUACGCAAACAAAGCGCCAUUCGAAGAUUAUCUCAAGAGCACCUUCCGUAGUUGCCAGCUCCUAGCGCAGCAGGGCCGGUACUCCGAGGUAUCAGCUCGAAUGAACCAGAUUUCUCCGGAAAAGCUUCGCUCCCUCAAAACAUACCAAUACUGGACAUUCUUUUCCGGCAUCCUGCAACUUCGACGUCAAAUAUACCGGCAUGUCCCCCUAUCCCGAUCUCUAGCUCAGCCCACACUAAUGACAAUACCCAGCGAUAACAAAGUCGCAGCCGAACACCUCCUCGCCCAGCUCCAAGCCAUUCAACUCCCUGAUAAUGACAUCACCCUUCUCCUCUCAAUUCUUACCAUUGACCUCCGCAUCCGCCAAGGCCACUAUGCUCGCGCACUCGAACUUGUCGAGAAAACCGCCCAAACCAUUCACCAAGAAAACUUUGAUAUUUUCACACAAGUCAAACUUCUCUGUCUAAAGGCCUGCAUUCUACAGAAAACUGGCCAUCCACAACGCGGCUUCUCCCUCGCUAUGCGAGCCGCCAGCAUCGCGCACCGCUCGCGUCUCCUCCCCAGUCUUUGGGAGUCCAUCUGCGUGCUUGCAGGCGUCCUUCUCAGCUUGCGCGAAUUCGACGCCGUGUCCGAGUUAAUCGAAAGCAUCAUGCCCCAGAUCCUUGAGACGAGUAACUGUGACCUGGCUGCGCAGGCGUAUUCGCUUCUCGUGGACGCGAAUAUGGGAAUAGCAGGAAUUCUCCGGAGUAGGGGACUAACGAACUCGGUCUUGAAAAAGGAGCAUAUCAACAGGGCGCUGGCGUAUUUGGAUUGUGCAUAUGAGCAGUACGAGGAGAUCGAGGAUAUCAAGGGGCAAUGUGAGCUGAUGGCGAAGAAAGCGACAGUCAUGCAUUUAACGGGGGACCCGGUCCUGGCGAAUGACUAUGCGGCGAAGUAUUUGGAUUUGAAGAGGCAGUGGUGGCUAGAUUGCGAAGAGGUAUAG